AACCAUGACCCAAUUGAAAAGAGAUGAAGAACCGGUGGUGGAGAUGUGACAUUCUCCAACAUAUCCAACAAGUAGCCUGUUAGUGCUGCUGGGUCACCCAGUUAAAAGCUUUCUUCUGCUGUUUGGUUUUAAACUUUUAAUGGACCCUGUUUCUCCACCACCACCUCCUUCGUUCCAACUAAGACAAUGGGUUUGGGUUUUGGUUUUAGGCUAAAUCUCAAGUGGGGUUUUCCUCUUCACUCCCGUUUCCACUCUAAUUCAACUUUCAAGCACAUUUCAGCUUCUCCUGUUAGCGUCAAGGAGGCUUCUUUCAACACGGCAAGGCUGUCUUUCUUGUCUGUUACUUCUGAGGAAAGUGAGACUAUUGGCAAAGAUUCUCUUACAGCUUACGCCUUUUCGCCUUCAUCUCCACAAAUCUUGGAGGAUGAUUUAUCAAAAAUGGAAGAAAUGAAGAUGCCUGCUAAAGAAAACAUAAAUGCAUACAAGGCAUCAAAUUUCGGCUUAUUGAUGCAAAACCUUGGUGUUUUGGAGGAGAGUUUUUCUGAUUCAGAUGUGUUAAGAUUGGAAAAAAAGAUUUUAAUGCAUCUUAGUAAGCUUGGAGCUCUCCAGUUAUUUCAUACUCGUUUGUCAGUGAGUCUUCAAUCCUCAAACUUUUUGAACUUAGGUAGCACACCCACAGAUUAUGUUGGAGAAAAUAAGAUAAGAAGCGAAAUUGAAAGCCUCACAAGCAGGACUAUUGUUAGAACUAGUAAAAGGGAAGAAAGAAAAUCAAGAAAAAAAAGACUGGAAAAUCCAAAAAUUCUGUCUUCUCAGCUGCCUUCAGAAACAAAUUGGCAAGGUCCUCCUUUUGUUUCUUCUAUGAAAGGAUCUAAAAAUAGAAGAUGUAAAAGGCUCGCAAUUGCAAAAAAGGAGGCAGAACUUUCAACUGGGGUGAAGAUGAUUUCAAAGUUGGAGCAAAUCAGAACAGCUUUGGAGAUGGAAAGUGGUGGAGUUGUCAGCUUGAGUAGCUGGGCAGAAGCUGCUGGUGUUGAUGAAAAGAUGCUUCAGCAGCAACUGCAUUUUGGUUGGCAUUGUCAGGACGAGCUUAUAAGGAGUACUAAGUCCUUAGUUCUAUAUAUUGCAAGAAAUUAUAGGGGUCUAGGAAUAGCCUUGAGUGAUUUACUUCAGGCUGGAAAGAUUGGUGUACUGCAAGGUGCAGAAAGAUUUGACCAUACAAGAGGUUACAGAUUCUCAACUUAUGUCCAAUACUGGAUAAGGAAAUCAAUGUCAAGGUUGGUGGCCCGGCAUGCAAGAGGGAUAAAAGUUCCGUGCACGUUAAGCAAGGCAAUUAAUCAGAUACAGAAAACUAGAAAAGCGGUCACCAACAGUCGAGGCAAAUAUCAAGAUGACAAUGAAAUUGCAAAGCUUACAGGCCUUUCGUUGAAUAAAAUCAGAUCGGCUAGCCAAUGCCUAAGAGUUGUGGGUUCAGUUGAUCAGAAGAUAGGAGACUCCUUUCAGGGAAAGUGCCUGGAGUUUAUGGCAGAUAUGUCAAUAACAACUCCUGAAGAAACUGUAAUGAGGCAACACAUGAGAAAAGAUAUCCAUAAUCUUCUAGCAGGCUUAGAUUCAAGAGAGAGGCAAGUGUUAAUUUUACGUUAUGGCUUUAACAACUACCAGCCUAAAUCGCUCGAGGAAAUCGGGAAGCUUUUCCGGGUGAGCAAGGAGUGGAUAAGAAAGAUAGAAAAGAAAGCUCUAACAAAGCUGAGGAAUGAAGAGAUCAACAGAGAUUUAAGCCAUUACUUAAAUUUACAUACUAGAGUCUCUAGUUAACUUGUGAAGAUCCAAUAUUUCUGUCACCCUGUUGCACAUAGAUAUUGAAUUCACUUUUACAGUAGGAAGUUCGAAUUCUCAUCUAUACUGAUGGCUUAACUUCCAUCUUGAAGAGACCAAAGAACUCGAAAGAAAAAGGCUUCCUUUGCGCUUAUCAGGCCUAAAUCGCACCUCGGAACAUCACCAAUACUGUAAAAUCUAUCUUCUCGUGCUUCAUUUUUUAAGCUCUUCCAUUUUCAGUCGUGCAUAUGCAGAUUAACAAUUUGUGAGCUGAGUGUAGAUAUAGAAGUGGAACUUGGUUUAUACUAGAAGAGGAAAUAAACAAUACAGUUAGGAUCUCUUUGUGCUGACACUGUUAUUUUAUUAGUAGUAGCUGAGUUGUAAUGUUUCAUUAGUGGGUAUAAAUAGCAUUCCUGGGUGUUAUUGAGGGUAUUAUUUGUGUUGGGAUUUUAGGCAAGAGAUUCUGUAGCCUUGGGAGAGUAGGGUGGCUCUCGAAUUCCACCCAAAUUCAUUGUUCCUUCUCAGCUAUUCUAUUUCAGAUUUUCCAAUAA